GGCAGCUGACCCACUUGACACUGAUUUUUUUGAGCGGCAACUUUCAUUCCAAGAAAUCUUUUGCUUUUAUAUAUUAAUAGACACCGUUUUCGAAUUAAUUCUUAUGUGUAGUGAACUUCGCAUGUCCGAUUCGAAAUCAGAAUCUUCAGUUUCACUUUGGAAAUCAGAGUCUUCCAUCUUCAUUCAACUUCAACUAGAGCUCUUCCUUCAACUUCAACUAGAGCUCGACGUUCUCUUUCUUCUACUUCCACUUCGCCGUUUGGAUAAGUUGUGUGCGAGGCUCGAGAUUUGGCUACGUAUUCAUAUCUUAUUUUAUUAACUCUGAGCUUUGGAAAUCAAAUUUCGGCGCACUCGGCUUCUGUGUCCAUUUCCAAAUGGAAAACCGAAACGACAGUUUCCUUUUCCCGUACAUGGCUGGAGGUUAUAAUUGGAAAUUCAGUUUCUUUUUACUCCUAUGCGGACGGAUGGUAAAGUGGGACUCCUAGUUUUGCAAUUUUGGUCUUAUUUAGUCUUAUUUUGGUAAAAAUCCCUAUACUAAAGUGAAUUAAUUUUAUGAUUAAUAAAUAUAAAUCUAUUUCAAACCUUUUGAAAUAUGUAGUAAACACUAACACAGACAUAUUACAAAUUAUAAUUAUAAUGUGUGAAAUAAGUUGAUAAUUGUGUGUAUUAAAGUUAAACAACUCUAAUUUUAUUCUUCAAAUCGAAUACAUAAUUACUAGACGAAGUACCCGUGCGAUGCACAUGAUAUAUCUAGAAUUGAAUAUAUAAUGACUUAAUUAAAAUUAUGUUUCAUGAUGGUAGAUAAUGUGUAACUUUGUCAAAUAUAAAAAAGACGAUAAAGUUUAUGUGAUGUUACUUUUAGUAAUUAUAUACGAAGUAUGUAGUAGUAGUUGUAAUAAAAUGCAAAAGUGGACCGUAAGAAUUCAAGUAAAAUUAAAAUAAACACUAAGGUAUAACCAAUAAUUCUAUGUGACAAUGAAAUAACUUGAUAGUACAAAAAUUAGUGGGCAUCAUGAGAUGUUUUUUUGCUGCAUUUUCUGACAUAUAUAGUAUAUGUUAUGUUAAAUGAUAACAUCAUAAGACAUACAAACCGGUGAUCGACAAUAUGCUAGCACAUGUAGUGAUUAGCGGUUUGCAGCAAUGAAAACUUUGGGACAUUAUUUAAAGAGGAAAGUAAUAGGAGUAAUGAAUAAUGUAGAAAAAGUAAGCGAAUGUGUUAAUGCAUGAAAGAGAAUAUAAACCGUAUAAAAAAGUAAGGGAAUUUCACAUUUUUAAGGGACAACUUACUCAAAAGGAAAGUGUAGCAAACUUUUAAAUAUAUCAUAAAAAGGAAAGUGUAACAAACUUUAAAAUAUAUAGAGAGUAUCUAUAAAAAAGUUUUAUGAGACACACUAAUUAUACUAUCAAGUUAAUUCAUUGUCACAUACACCUUAUCUUUUAUUUUGAAGUUACUUGCAGUUUUUAAUGCGAUCCAAAUUUACUUUUUUUUUACAUCAAAAAAAGUUUUAUGAGACACAUUAAUUAUACUAUCAAAUUAAUUCAUUGUCACAUAGAGUUAUUGUCACAUACACCUUAUCUAUUAUUUUAAAGUUACUUGCAGUUUUUAAUGUGAUCCAAAUUUACUUUUUUUUACAGCUAUUACUAUGUAUAUAAUUAAUAAAAGUUACAACACAUAAACUUUAUCGCCUUUUUUAUUUGGCAAAAUUACAUACUCCGUAUUACAUACCAUUACAAAAUAUAAUUUAAAAAAAGUUACUAUACAAGUCAAGAUGUACGCAGUGCAUCGCACAGGUACUGCGUGUAUUUUAUAUUGAAAAUGUUACUUCCCUUGCUAUGGAUUGUGGUAUUUACUUUUUAGUGUUGGGAUCUUAAUUUGUGUGAAUUUAUAUUAUCAACAUAAAAUAAUGUUUUUUUAUUUAAAAAGUUAAAGUAGUGUUUCCAAAGACAUAUUUUUUGCUUAAUAAGUCACACACUAUAAUUGUACUAUCAGGUUAUAUAUUUAAUUUAUUUGGUUGUCACAUAGAAAUAUUGUUAUACUUUAUCGUUUAUUUUAAUAGUAAUGAGUGUUUUAUGAGAAACCCUCAUUACAAUUUUGGAUUUCAUCUUGUUCUUAUAUAAAAGGGAAAUUGCAAUGAAUAAGACUAAAAACGUUUGUAUAUUCCAAGAUAUGACUAUCAUUUUUUAUUCCAUAAAUAGGAGUAACUAUUGUCACGUUUGAAAAAUACUGUCACGUUUAAAGUCACGUAAAGUCAAAACAUGACAGUAAUUAUUUUUUAGGAAAUAAAAACAUAACAUUCCUAUUUUGGAAUUGACAAACAUUUUUACUCCUAUUUAGAGAAAUUUCCCUUUAUAAAAAUAAAGAUUAUAAGAAAUAAUAUUGAUAAUUAAUACUAUAAUUGUAAAUCGGUGACUAAAUUAUAGGGAAAUUGUCUUGAGUAAACAUGUUUUCAAAUUUCAAAAUAGGACUACUUUACAUGUCUUUCUUUACGAAAUAGGAGUUGCCAUUGUAAUGAUUGAAAAAUACUAUCAUUACUAUAUUUAUUUCGGGAAAACAAAUAUAGUAGUCCUAUUUUGGAAUUCCAAAACAUGUUUACACCUAUAUUGGGAAUUUUCUCCUAAAUUAUACGCCCUCCGUCUCAUUCAACUUUGCUAACUUUUCUUUUUUGUUUGUUCCAAAAAACUUUAUAACUUUCAUUUUAAACAAUGAAUCAACUUGUUUUUCUCUCCUGUGACAAACCCGAAUCUCAUAAUUUUUAAUUUUAUUAUUUCUCACAUAUUUUGAAGCUAACAAAGUCCACCGGAAUAGAGGUAAUAUACUUUCUCUGCCACAUAUUUUUUUACUUUAUAAAAACAAAGAGUAUGAGAAAUAAUAUUGAUAAUUAAUACUAUAAUUGUAAAUCGAUGACUAAAUUAUAGGGAAAUUGUCUUAAAUAGGAGUAAACAUGUUUUCAAUUUCAAAAUAUGACUACUUUACAUGUCUUUCUUUCCGAAAUAGGAGUUGUUAUUGUAAUGACUGAAAAAUACUAUUAUUAAUGACAAUACAUAUUGUCAUGUCAAUGCCGAGUAUUGUAACUAUGUUGACAGUGAAAAGUCGAAAAUGACAGUAAAUACUCUUAUUUCAAAAAAAAAAAAAAACAAAUAUAGUAGUCAUGUUUUGGAUUUCCAAAACAUGUUUACACCUAUAUUGAAAAUUUUCUCCGAAAUUAUACCCCCUCCGUCUCACUCAACUUUGCCAACUUUUCUUUUUUGUUUGUUCCACAAAACUUUAUAACUUUCAUUUUAAACAAUGAAUCAACUUGUUUCUCUCUCGUGUGACAAACCCCAAUGUCAUAAUUUUUACUUUUAUUAUUUCUCACAUAAGUUGAAACGAAAAAUCCCAUUAAAUUAGCAACUCAGUUUAUUACGUUGUGUAUCUAAUUAGAGUAUUUAAAUGAUUAUAAGUAUUCAUUGAUUAUAAUUACUACAUUUUAAUAUAUCUUUGUGUAGAUUAUAAUUUGUGAAACAUUACACGGGAAAUAAGAUUUACGUUAUAAAAAUUUAACUUGGAAAAACUGUAGCACAAACUUUAUGCGGUAAUUAAUUACGAUGACAGAUUUGUUGCCAAGUAUUAUUAUUAUAUAAGUAACACACAUGUGAUUCAAAUUUGUUGCCAAAUUUGAGUUAAACUAUUCUUGUGUCUACUAUUAUUAGUUAUUAGUAUACGGAGUACAUAUAUGGUAGAUAAAAUUUAUACCAAAUUAGAGAUAUCAUCAUAAAUAACUAAUACGUAGUAUCUUAUUUUCAUUGUAGGCGGGAAUUUUCACUAGUACAAAAAAGGCUUUUUACAUCACUUUUUCUACAUGUGUUAUCCUAUAACCCAUGUGAAAUAGUGACACGGGGUCAUUUUUAUAAUUUUAAAAAACUUUUUCACAUGGAUCGUUGUUAUAACCGAUGUUAAAUAAUGAAACGGUGUAUAUUUUAUAAUUUUAAUAGAUGUUUUACAUCGGUUCCAUGUGCAACUGAUGUCAAAAACAAAACGGGGUCAAUUUUUUAAUAAAUGAAUGUUUAGUUAACAUCGGUUCAAACCGCUUUAGAAAGCUGCGAAAAAAAAACAUAUGAUACACGGCUUCUUUGAUUAAAAAGAUUUCAAACCUAGGCAACUAAUUCUGUAACUCAGCGGAGCAGCGACCAUCGUCCAGCGACUAGGGACGGUCGAUGAGCAGCGACCAGCCGCCAUCGAUAGACCCGACGACCACAGACGGACCCGACAACCACAGACGGACCCAGCAGGCGCCGAGCGGAACAGGCUGUGAGCGGCACAGGGGGCGAGCCGACCAGGCCGCGAGUGGAGCAAGAUGCGAGCAACGUAGGUCGCAAGCAGAGCAGAGCAUGUUGGUAGCGCGGACACAGGGCCUCUUGAACAGUCAUUUCGUCUCUUCCAGGUUUAUGACCCAAUUCAGAGAGAGAUGUAUACAGCCUUGAACUGUCCACCACAACUCGAAACUAUCAGAGAGAGAUGUGUACACCCUUGCUUGAACUGUCCACCACAACUCGAAAACUGGGAACUAGUAGGAGGUGACCCCUGUGAGGAUCAUUGGGUUGGCGUUUCCUGUUUUGGUUCAUCCGUGACUCACAUGUACACCACCUUACACUAUUUAAUUUACGCCCAGGAAGAGACCGUCAUGCAUAUUCACUGUGCUCUUUAUUUGAUAUGACAUACGAUAAUUUCUUGUAGUAGUCUUACUGGUUUGAACCUCAGUGGCACUUUAGACUUCCAGAUUUCAAAUCUUCAACAAUUGAUCGAGUUGUAAGUUAGUUUAAUCUUCAUUGUCACUCCAUUAGUUUUGUCUCACGGUUAUUAUUGGUUUGAUGUUUCUGUUCGUUUAGGGACCUGAGCUCAAAUAGUAUUGAAGGUGAAAUCCCAUACGUCUUACCACUUAAUAUGAUGCACUUGUGAGAUAAGUUUCCUUGUUUAUUCAUAGUUGAGUCAAUUUGUUUCUAUACCUUCAGCUUAUGAAAAUUUUAUAUAUAACCUUCUUAAUUUGGAAACUGCAGGAGUUUGGCAAUAAAUCGUUUCAGCAAGAGAAUUCCCGAUUCUCUAUCGAACCUGAAAACCCUCAAAAUAUUGGGAGUAGAGUUCAGUAAUUUACACUAGCUGUUAUGUUUUUUCGGGAAACUGGAAAAUGCAAGGGAAAGAUAUAGAGGAGGAUAGAGGCAAAAUUUGGAGGGAAAUAACACGUGGGAAUGAAAAUUAGAUUUUUGUUUAACCUCAUAUUUACUUGUAUGCUUCCAAGGUUCGAAAUUGCGUAUUGAGGCAUGUAGUCAUGGCGAAUUUUUGGAAUUGCAUAUUGCGUAAGCCUCAUUGCGCAAUGAGGCAUGUAGGUGAGGCGUGUGUGUAUAUAUAUAUAUAUAUAUAUAUAUAUAUAUAUAUAUAUAUAUAUAUAUGCAUGUAGAAAAUAAUAAAAGUUGAAGUGUAUAGAAAAUUAACAUUGAUCUUAAGCAUCAAAUUAAGCAGAGCACUAAAUAUUAGUAAUAAAGUUGAAGUUAACAUCAAUUAUUAAAACUGAAAGAACUUACUGAUGCAGAAACUUAAAAUAUUAAAAGUUAACCUCUGAUAGGUAAUAAAAUAUUAAUAUGCAGAAGUUAUUAAAAUUUGUAGAACAUUAAAAUAAAAUUAACAUCAAUAUUUACUAUUAAAUUAAAUAAAACACUAUAUUAAUAUUAAAGUUGAAGUUAUCAUUAUAUAUAAAAACUGAAAGAACAUAGUGGUAUGCUGGACUUAAACGAUGAAAAAUAAGAAGAUAUCAAUUAGCCAAAAAUGUUAAAAGUUGAAGAAUAUUAACAGAAAAUUAAAAAUAAUAUUUAGUAUUAAAUUCAAUAGAAAAAAACUACAAAACAUAAGUAUCAAACAUAGAAGCAGUAGCGUAGAAGAGGACUGUCUGAAAGAUGAAGGCUGAAGAAGCUAAGUAACCAAGUGAGAAGAAGGUACAGGGAAGAAAAGGUUAUUGCGUAGAGAAUUCCGUAGAAUAUGAAAAUAAUAUCAUCGUUUAUGGUAUAUACCCUGAAUCAGAUAUGUGUUUUAUUAAAAAGUGGGCUCUGUGGGCCCAAAAAACCUUACACACCAGACCUCAUUUAGGGUACGCCUUAACACGCCUCAUUGCGUAGGUUUUAUUGUGUACGCCUUUACGCACAUAACGUACGCUUUAACCAUGUCCGCCAUAUGCAAUGCAAUUCUACGCUAUAUACCUGGAAAUAGGCGAGGCGCACCAUAAGGCACUAUGGCAUUGCGCAAUUGCAAACGUUGUAUGCUUCUAGCUUAUAAUUACUAAGAAGCCUUUAUGUGGACAAUUGGGAGAUUUUAGUGGCUUGGGGAGUCUGAGAGAGAUGUACACUAUCAUUCUAGAUAUUUCUUUUCUUUUGUCUUACUACGGAAACCAUAAAAAUUGACAGAAUUGAGAUUUGAAUAUUGUGACCAAACUAUGCAUUUGAUAUUCAAGCUUUACAGAUGAGUCAUCUAGUACUUUGUCACUUUAUAUUGAUAACUAAUGAAAUGAUUAAUGUAUUUUUUAUCUCAGGGAUCUAUCACACAAUAACCUCACUGGAGAUCUACCUAGUUCAGUUGGAGGGUUAACAACCCUGAUAUCAUUCUAACUUUAUUUAUCUGUUUAUUCACAAUAGCAUGAUCCGUUCUCCCAUUUUGAAUAACUUAAACACCUGAAAGAGAAUAAUUGUAGGUUUCUGCAAAACAACUCAUUCACUGGAUUAGUCAUUCUUUUGUCUCAACUCCCACUAAAAGACCUGUGAGUAAUUAUCCAUACCUGAAGCAUCCACAAUAUUUCUCGAAUGCAAGUUGGGAGCUAUGAAUGUGGUUAUUAUGUGAUGUUCCAUAUGUUGAAUAUUGUUUUGGCGGUAAUUCUUGAAAUGUGGGAUGAGCGAUUCGUCAAUCCGGAACCGUUCUCAUCAGAAGAGAUUGAUGAAGUACGAACUCGUUGGGCAUCAUAUUUCUUAGAAAUGACGCAAUCCAUCAACCACACAUGUGCAACGACACAUCAUAUUUAAGUUUUUGAGUGAUGAUGAGACUUGUAACUUUAUACAAUGUGUUAUUACUCUAGACUUGUGCAAGAUUUUUUUAUUUUAGCUUAUUAUUAUGUACUAAGUUGUUACUUGAACUUGUUUAACAUUUGUGAAAGAAUUGAAAA